AGUCACGGAUGCUGGCAGGGUUUCUUUGGCCCUGAGUAAAGAGAGACCCAGAGGGAGCACUGAGCUGCCUGCCAAGCCACCCUGUCUCGGAUUCCUUCAAAAGGACCAGCCAUGCUGGUCAUUCAGAUGCCUUUCUCCUUUUCCAUGGCCCACUUCAUCCUCUUUGUUUUUACGGUUUCCACUAUAUUUCACAUUCAGCAGCGGCUAGCGAAGUUUCAAGCCAUGUGGGAGUUAUCGGUGCAGAUACCAGGGCUGGCCUCAACAUCAGAGGCACUGCAACCCAGCCAGCUCAGGGGGAUAUGGACGAUCAAUGCUAUAGGCCGCCUGGGGAACCAGAUGGGUGAGUACGCCACGCUGUACGCCCUGGCCAAGAUGAACGGGCGGCCUGCCUUCAUCCCGGCCCAGAUGCACAGCACCCUGGCCCCCAUCUUCAAAAUCACCCUGCCGGUGUUGCACAGCACCACGGCCAGCAGGAUCCCCUGGCAGAACUACCACCUGAACGACUGGAUGGAGGAGAAGUACCGCCACAUCCCAGGGGAGUAUGUCCGCCUCACGGGCUACCCCUGCUCCUGGACCUUCUACCACCACCUCCGCCACGAGAUCCUCCAGGAGUUCACCCUGCACGACCACGUGCGCGAGGAGGCCCAGAAGUUCCUGCGGGGCCUGCAGGUGAACGGGAGCCGGCCGGGCACCUUUGUAGGGGUCCAUGUUCGCCGAGGGGACUAUGUCCAUGUCAUGCCAAAAGUGUGGAAGGGGGUGGUGGCCGACCGGCGAUACCUACAGCAGGCCCUGGACAUGUUCCGAGCUCGCUACAGCUCCCCCAUCUUUGUGGUCACCAGUAAUGGCAUGGCCUGGUGUCGGGAGAACAUUGACACCUCCCACGGUGAUGUGGUGUUUGCUGGCGAUGGCAUUGAGGGCUCACCUGCCAAAGAUUUUGCACUACUCACACAGUGUAACCACACCAUCAUGACCAUCGGGACGUUCGGGAUCUGGGCUGCCUACCUCGCGGGCGGAGAUACCAUCUACCUGGCCAAUUACACCCUCCCCAACUCCCCUUUCCUCAAAAUCUUUAAACCAGAGGCAGCCUUCCUGCCAGAGUGGACGGGGAUCGCCGCAGACCUGUCCCCCUUACUCAAGCACUAAUGCUGGCCAGUCCUUUGAUAUCCU